GGGAAUUGACCCUCAGGUCGGGAACUGCGCAAGAGACACCGGUGUUCAACUAACAACUCAGCGUUGUAGUUCCCCCCAAAGCAGGCAACACGUGUUUUUUCGAUAAGGCAAAUUUUUUUCCCGUUCGGUUUUCUAAAUAAAAACGAUCAAUUAACAAAAGAUAGCCAUUGUGAUAGAUGUGGUUGAGAGAGGAUUGAAGAAUGCCACGAAGUACCAAGGAAUCCGACGAUGAAUUCGAGCCCAGAGGGCGAAGAACACGAGCAACAGCUUCCUCAGUAACCGAUUCCCCCCUGCGUCGUAGCACCCGAAGGAGGGCCACGACAAAAGAUGAUUCAUCGCCGGAACCUGUGACGAGUGAUGUUGGGCCAUCGACUAGAGCGAAGAGACGUAUAACACCGACAUUGGAGUCAGCUCAUGCUGAGUCGGUGAGGAAUUUGAGAUCCAGGAAGACAUCGACCACUUCUGAUGUCUCUGAAGCUACUGAGAGCGAUACCGGCAGUGAGGCGAAGAGGAGAACUACCAGGAGGAGUUCGUUGGCACUCUCGGGCAUUGAAACACCUACCAAAGCUAGAUUGAGACGAACCAUUAGAGCAGGGUCUGAAUCAAAGACAAUUUCACCAAUGGUUCGCCUUACUCGUCGAACUCGUGCCUCCUCUGUGGAUCCGGAGGCAACUGAUGAGCGUGCUCCAAUGACACCCUCGACCCCCCUCCACACCCGCAAAGGACGUGCCUCGAUGCAGCCCUCAGAACUUCCAGUUCUUGAAGAAAUCCAAAAGCAUGAGAAAGAUGUUCCUCAUGAGGACGACGAUGUCUUUCUGACGCAGUCCUCUCCCUCCAAGCUCUCGGCUCCAUCUCCGAAAACCCCAGUGCUCCAGAAGUCGACCCCAACCUUGAUGCACAAGAAUGAACAGCCCAUAAAAGCUCUCCACGAGGCGUUAAUCACUUCUACCACUUCCCGAGCUCCGCAGGAUUCUGCAGACACUCGUCAAAAGCUGAUGGAUAAUGCCAGUGGCAAUACCCUCAACGAUAUCCCCAAGGUCCUAGUGGAGAAAGCCCACGUUAAGGCGAGUCCGGGGAAUAAAGAGAAUGAGAAGACCCCCAAGUCCACUCGGGAUCAUUCUUCGAAGCUCUUUAAGGCCACCGGUGGAGACCGCAAGUCCCUGAGUUCAACUGUUCUAGAGCGUCUGGAAGUGGAUUCACGUUCCAAUAUCGAUGAUCAACUGUCAAAGUCAAAAUCUCCGUCAAUGGCGCUGGAAAAAGUCAUCACACUUGAGCCGGAUGUCUCCGAAAAAAAAGGACUGGAGGAAAAGGAGGACUCAAUAAUUUUCAUCGAUGAUACCGACACUGACGAGGCACCUGUCGAGGUAUUCAGGGAUGAUAAAUCCACCAAUAAAGGCCUGAAUCACGAUGAGAUCAUCAUUGCUGAUGCUGGAAGUAACGAGAUAUCUCCAUGUAAAUCACAGACUCCUGAGGGCGAUUCACCUGGGGUGGAUUCGAAGCCUGAAAUUAUCGAGGAAAAUUUUAAGGAAGUUGAACAGGUGGAGGAUCAGGUCGAGGCUGAACUCAAGGAUUUAUUCAAGGACAUACCAGCUGACAAUUGGAAGAGUGGAGGAUCCAAGUCUCCUGUUGACAUCGAGGAUGAGGAUAAGAGCGAUACUGGGUCUGAUAUAGUACUUGUCGGAUGGUCUGCUGAUGAGAAUGAACUUGAUGAGAAGACCAAAAAGAAUUUCAACUACGAUUCUGAUGAUACUGUUAUCAUUCAGAAGAGAAAGCAGAGCUCCGCUGGGCAUAAGGGUAGUCUUGACCAUGGGGGUGAGGAGAACAAGAACUUGCAGAGAAAGUCUGGUAAGUCGUUGAAUCAUUCUACUGGUGACGAUGUUGAUGAACUCGGUGAAAAAUCGAGGAAAGGUACGAGGAAAUCCUUGAGGAAGUCGCAACAUCCAGCCGAAGAGGAAUCUGUGAAUUCAGAUGUUGAGGAUGAAUUAAAUAAAUCCAGAGAUCUGAUUUAUCGGUUUGAAUCAGGGAUUAUUAAUUUUGAAGAAAAUUUUAAUGAGUCGAAGAGGAAGUCGGAUGUCGACAGUCAGGGGAAGCAUCCUGAGGGAAGUGUUGAAUCCAGGGCGAGUUUGUCUGGAGGGAGAAAGUCCACUGGAAAAUCUGGGAAUAAUGAUCAAGGUGAGAACGCUAAAGCGGAAGAGAGCCCUGAUAAGUCUAGGAAGAGUAUUCCUCUUUCUGAGGUGAGAAAGUCAUUGGAGAAAUCGAAGAACCCAGUGGAAGAAGAAAUUGAUGAUGAAGCUAUGGACGUUGAUGUAGUGGGUGAUGACGAAAUGGAGAUAUCUGAUUACCAUCCCAAGGAAAGCCCUCAAGUGGAUGCCCCUGGCGAUGAAUUAAUUGAAGUCGAUAAUAAACCAGAAGCUGGAGAGGUGAAUUCAAAACCUUCUGAAACCCUUAUUUCAUCAUCAAAUGGAAUAGUGCAUGAUGGGCACUCGAUGUCACCAAACGUUUCUGAGAGUGCUAGUACAUUGAGAAGAAGUGCGUUACGAAAUUCAGUCAAUGAAGGGAGAGCUGAAGGUGAGGAGAAGGAAAAUGAAAACUCUGCAGCUGUUGAAGAAGAAACAUCAGAGGUCGAUAAUGUUAGUGAUAAAGCUAGGAGGAGUGCCAAUCAGUCAGAGUUACGGGUUUCCCUUUGCAAGAUUAAUACUCCGGUGAAACAACAGGAAAUGUCUUCAUUGGAAAAACAUGAAGAGCUUCUACUGGGAGAUAAAUCAGAGAAUGUUUUGAGAAAGUCACUAUCGGUCUCGAAAACACCGACAAAAGUCCAGCAGGAGGAUGGAAAAUCCUCUUCUGAGGAUGAAGACCCUGAGGACAUCACCAAGAAAUUCAACAAAUCGAAGGAAGAGUUGAUUGAAUCUCGUGAGAAUAUCGAGUCAUCUUUGGAGGAAACAUCUGCGCUAGAGGGUAAUGACACUUCAAAAACCGGAGAGACUCUGAAAAAAUGCGAGAGGAGCCUCAGAAGAUCAUUAAAUCAAUCGAAAUCGCAAGAUGAUGAAAAAGCUUCUCAUCAGCAACGAAAUUCUCUCGCUGUCGAGAUAUCGUCGUUAGCUAAUACACAAGAAGAUGAAGAUGAGCAAAAAAAUGAUGAAGGAAUUUCAGAAGGUGAAGAGACCCUCAAUGAAUCCCAGAAGAGUCUCCGGAGAUCAUCAUAUGCGCCGAAAGCAGAUGAAGGUGAUGACAAAGUUUCUCCUCAGAAACGAAAAUCUCUCCCAUUGGAAGAAUCCACAUUAGAAAAGCCACGAGAUGAAGAAAGCGUAGGGGUUGAAGGAACCCUCUAUAAAUUGAGGAGGAGCUUGAGGAAAUCAUUGACACAAUCGAAACAAGAUGAAAGUGAAAAUUCCGAAAUAUCAAAGGAAGUUUCUCCUCAAAAGGGUAAUUCUAUCGCAGCCGACGAAUUAUCAGAAGGGGAGGAUGAUGACGAUGAUGAUGAAGAUGAUGAAAAUACUCCAGAACUUGAAGCACUUAAAAAAUCAUGGAGAAACCUCAGGAAAUCGUUGAACGAAUCAAACACUCAGUCAAUAGAAAAAGAUGAUCAAGAGUCUAAUGAAUCAGAAGAAACUUCUCAAGAGCGAAAAUCGACAUCCGCAGAAGAGGACGAAGUUGAAGAAGCUCCUGGGAUUAACGAGUCUCUCACUCAGUCCAGAAAGAGCUUGAACAAAUCACUGAAUAAAUCGAAAACUCCAGUGAAGAAAAAUGACGAUGUUUUAUCCAAAAAGUCUCCAAAAGUUUUAUCCCAAAAUCGCAAAUCUCUGGCAAGUGAAAAAUCAUCAUCAGAACAAGAGGAAGAAGAUGAAGAAAUUCCAGAGAUUGAAAAGUCUCUGGACAAGUCUAGGAAGAGUUUGGAAAAAUCACUGAUUAAAUCGAAAACUCCAGUGAAGAAAAGUAUUAAUGACUUGUCUAAGAAGUCUCCAAAAAUUUCUCCCCAAAAGCGCAAAUCACUGGCAACUGUAAAAUCGUCAGAAGAAGAGGAGAAAGAGGAAGAAACUCCAGAGAUGGAGGUGUCUUUGAACAAGUCGAGGAAGAGCGUGGAAAAAUCAGCGAUUAAACCCAAAACUCCAGUGAAGACAAGUGUCGAUGAUCUACCCAAGAAGUUUCCAAAAACGACUCUCCAGAAGCGAAAAUCUCUCACAGUCGAGGAAUCAUUGUCAUCAGAAGAGGAGGCAGAUGAAGAGAUUUUCAACAAAUCCACAAAGAGCCCCAAAAAGUCAGCCAUCGAAUCUAAAACUCCAUCGAAGCAAAAAGACACGGAACAACCUCAGAAAACUCCGAAAACUCGCCUUCAAACGCGAAAAUCUCUGGUACUGGAGAAAUCACAUUCAUCAGAGAAAGAGGAAGAAGCUCUAGAGGUUGAAGAGACUCUCAGCAAAUCUGCAAGCACUUUGAGAAGAUCCCAGAUUGAAUCCAAAACUCCAUCGAAACAAAAUGGAGAAGGAUCCAAGGCAUCUCCAAAACCUUCGCCGCAAACACUUGGAGAAUCAUCAUCAGCAGAAGAUGACGAAAAGGAGUCUGAAGAUGUCGAUGAACAACGCAGUCUGUCGACUCAAGUCCAGGUAAAUUCAAACUCAGACCCUGAUGAAGACAUUGACUCUGAUAUCGAGCAGUCAAGGGUUGUUGUUUCAUCGUUGCUUUACGAUGACGACUCGGAGACUAGUAAUUCUGACAUGAACUCUGACAUCGAAAAGGAGUACAACUUGAAUGGAGCCGACGUUGAGGAGUAUUCAGACGAUGGUAUCCCUGGAGACGAUCUCCGUAAGUCUGACUCUGAAGAGUCUGGUUCUGAUGAGGAAGAAGACGACGAAGAUGAGUUCGAUGAUUUUAUCAAUGAUGAUGAGGAAGAGGAAGAAGACAAUGAAGAAGACGAAGACGAAAGCGAAGAAAACGAAGAAGAAAAUGAAGAGGACGUGGAAGAUCAUGAGGACGAAACCGUGGAGAUCGACGACGAAGAUGAAGAGGUCUUCGUUUCACCCCCAAAACCCACCAAAAAAGGUCAUGAAAAGUUGAAACUCAAAGAGACUAAAAAGAGUAUCAGUGAAAGCCUGGAGGACACGUCUGGGAACAGUUCUCUUGAGACAGGAAAAUCAGAGUCGACCAAGAAGAAUAAGAAGAAGACUGCAGAGGUCCUGACAAGUGUAAAACCAUCGGUUUCAAGUCCCCCCAAGUUCUCAGCGAUUGCUACGAAACUACCAAAAUCAGUUGCUUCCUUGAAAGAAUCAAAAUUAGAAAAGAAAUCAAAGGUAAACCUUACAAUGAGCCUGGACGAUCCAGAUUUAGCAGACACUAGGCUGUUGAUGAAAGAGAAGUUGAACGACUCUAUGCCAAUCCUGAAUAUGAAGAGGUUGUCAGCCAGAAGGAGUGAUUUGCAAGUACUUCCUGAGGAUAAGGAAGAGAAGAAGAAAACAAAGUCGAAAGGUAAGAAGCACAGUGUUUCUGAAAAAUUGACUGAUAAGAGUGAGGAAGUGACUGUGUCCAGCAGUGACAAGAAAUCGAAGAAGACGAAGAAGUCGAACAACUCAGAGCAGAGCAAUGCUACGAAUGAAUCCACCAAAAGAAAGAAGAGCAAGGAAGUUGACCUGGAGAUUACAUCUGAUGUCCCAAGAUUGAAGAAGAAGAAGGUCCAGGUGGAGCAAUUAGCUGACAGUGAUAGUGAUGAUGGACCUGAGGUGUCAUCGUUCACUCGAGGUCGAGACCAGGCACUGACAGCCGCGAAGGGACAGCAGGAGAGCAUCAAGGCCGCCAAAGAAACUAAAAAGAGUCAUAAGAAAAUGAAAGGCACAAAGCCAGAGAAUCCCAGCGUCGUCUCCAGGAAACCGAUCGAACAACUCCCCGAGGAGACCCUCUCGAAUCUUUCCGACAUACCUCUGAGGCCCAAGAGGAAGAGGGAGAUUAAUGAUGAUGUCUUUGUGCCUACGAAAACCAUGUUCGAUGUCAAGAAUAAAAAGCCUAAGACCAUGAGUAUCGAUGAUGAAUUCGUACCUCUUAGUCUAUCUGGGGGCACAACAACCUUUGAGGUCGUCACUUUGAAAGAAAAGAGGGGAAAGAAAACGUCGCCUGUACGGAGUUUCAAGGAGAGAAUGAUGAAUAGAGUCCCUCGUCAACCCACUUCUGCUUACAUGGUUUAUCAGCGAAAACUUCAAGCGUCUGGCAAAAAUAAGUAUUGAAGAGGUCAGGAAUUUUCAUUUUUGUGGCAUUCUCAGGGGGGGUUGAAAUUUAGUUUCUCUUUUGGAGAGUUUUAGGGAUAGGAGGAGGACUGGUACCAAUUUUAAUUAAUAAAGCAAAUGAAUUUAAUUGACGUUUAUCUUUGUUGGUGUUCAUGGGAAAAUUCGAUUUGUCGGUGGGAGGGCGAAGGUUGAUAAGACGUGGGUAAUCUCGGAGAAUCAAAUAUUUAACGAAAACAUUUACCCACGUCAGUUGGAAACUUUUUUUGUGAGAGUGGAAAAGAAUUAAAAUUUAUCAUUCGAUUUGUAUAAAUAAAGCAGGGGAAUAAAUUCACAUCUUAUGAUUUAAUCUUCAUGUUCGUUCAUUUGAUAGAAAAGAUUAAUCAUUCCGUGCAGCUAUCUAGUUUCAUUUUUGCGUUUGUUAAUCAUGAUUUAGAUUUUUGCCUCACUUUGACUAUUCCUUGAAUUUAAUUCUAUUUUUUUCAUAGUGUUGAUUCCCUUGACAUUUGGAAUUCGACAGUAUGGAAUUAUAUUUUCACAAUAGAACAAAGUUAUUUCUCUGCAUUGUUGAAUAAUAAAUGGAUCGCAAGAGGAACUCGAAGAAUUCCUCUGGACGAGAAAAAUCCACUCGCAGGCCUCUAGUUCUUCGUCGAUUGUCGAUUUAAAAAAUUGAUAUUUUUUGUGUUAGAAUAUUUCAGGUGAAAAAAAGGUCUUCUAGAACUCCUCGUACCCCCAUACAUUUUCCACACAGUCACACAUCGAAUAUAGGCAUUAAUUGACUUCAAUCAAACAUUAAUUUUGUGAAAUCAGAAUACGAAUAGUAAUGUUAUCUUUGUCACCAUUAUUAUCUUCAUUUUUAUUAAUUUGAUGAGAAUGAUCGAUAACUUUGUGCAACUGCUAGGUUUCAGUCGUAUAUUCGUCGGUUAAUCUUUCAAAUUUCAGUCAGAAACUGAUUAGUUCUCCAAUUUAAAUGAUGUUCUUGGUGUACCUUUAUCGAAUAUGGAAUUUAAUUUCCCGAGUAGUAAAGCAAACUUAUUCUUCGGAAUUAUCUUACGAUAAAUGACGGAAGACUGAGAGUAAACAGUUUUAUCAUCGCAUGGAGCCAUCGACUUUCCUCUCAAUGUUGAAAUUUUUGCAAAAAUUCUAGUUAUUGAAUGUCUACAGAAUGAAUGGGAGUAUUUUGUUUAGUGAAAUGGAAAGACAAGUCGACGAUGCCAGAUGAUGGGGAACCACGAGGAACUAUACUCUUCCACUGACAAUUGUUUUUUUUACUUAAAGCCAUUUCAAUUCAAUUAUAAUUCUCGAGUUGACUGAUAUGAACAUUAUGUGGAUGUGCUUGAGUUCGUAUCUCUCAUAAUUUUUCCAUUAUUGUAUGUAAAAAACCGUCAGAAGCAUUUAAGAAACACGAGAGGAAGUUGAUAGUAAUGUCAUUGUUUUGUAAAUUAUAAGGAUAUUUGAGUAAUUGGAGAAAUACAAUUUUAAUAGGAAAA